CGAUCUCCGGGCGAGGGUUGUUCUCGUGACAUCCAAGACGGCGGCCAAUCUCGCCCAUGAUGGACCCAAAUCGGAAAUUCCUCUUCUCGACGUCGACGAUGACUCUGCUGUCUGUUCCGACCUCCUUUUCAGGUCACCGGUUAGGACACCGUCACCUCAGCGCUUGGCCUAUGUCAUGUACACAUCUGGCUCAACGGGAACACCAAAAGGCGUUGGAAUCCCCCAUGGUGCCGCCACCCAAAGUCUUUUAGCACACGACCGGCACAUCCCCGGAUUCCAGAGGUUCUUGCAGUUCGCGUCACCCACUUUUGACGUCUCCGUCUUCGAAGUCUUCUUUCCCCUCUUCCGCGGAUGUACCAUUGUGUCCUGCGACAGGGCGACAAUGCUCGAUGACCUCCCCGGUAUCAUGCGAAGGCUCAACGUCGAUGCCUGCGAAUUGACUCCGACCGUUGCUGCCUCCCUGCUCAGGACUCGGGCCAACGUCCCCUCAUUAAAGCUUCUACUCACCAUCGGCGAGAUGCUCACGGAGCCGGUCGUCAAGGAGUUUGGCAGCAAUGAGACUCGCCCGAGCAUCCUCUGGGGCAUGUAUGGCCCGACUGAGGCCGCUAUUCACUGCACGCUACAAGUCGCCUUCUCCGGCGAUUCAUCGCAUCGAGUCAUCGGAGGACCUCUCGACACCGUUUCAUGCUUUGUCGUGAAGAUCCCAAAAGAGGACAACAACUAUUCGAUCGACAUUGUGCCAGUUGGUGAGAUCGGGGAGCUCGUUGUCGGUGGUUACCAACUUGCGAGAGACUACCUGAACCGGCCCGACCAAACACACCAGGCUUUCAUCGACUCCCCAUACGGCCGGCUGUACCGAACCGGAGACAAGGGCAGAAUACGACCGGAUGGAACCCUGGAAUGCCUCGGCCGCAUCUCGGACGGUCAGGUCAAGCUCCGUGGUCAGCGAAUCGAGCUUGGCGAAGUUGAGCAUGCGGCCAUGCGCGCCCCUGAGUGCCGAGCCGCCGCUGCCAUGGUCAUUGAAUCCAUCCUCAUCGUGUUUUGUCUCCUCGAACAGGGCGCUACGUCUGCGGAGCUACAGUUCGGAGUGUCAACAUCAUGCCGUCGCUGGCUGCCUUCGUUCAUGGUGCCAGGCGACGUGGUUGUCCUCACUGAAUUUCCGACGCUCGCGUCUGGAAAGGUUGAUCAGAAAAAGCUGCGCUCUCAAUAUACUACCCACUCCAGGAAUGUCGAAGUCUCCCUGGACCAAGCUGAUGCAAACACCUUGGAAGGCAAGGUUGCAUCUCUCUUCUCCAAAAUUAUUGGGACACCAUUUACCCCGACAACCCCCUUUUCCACCCACGGCGUUGACUCUUUGGCCGCUAUCCGACUGGCAUCAGCGCUUCGGGAGAACGAAAUUAGCGCGACAUAUCUGGACAUAUUAAGUUCUCGCUCUGUCUCCGGUCUAUGUGACCGAAUACAGAAUCGCGAUCGGACGAAGGACAGUCCGACUAUGAACGGUCCGGUACUGGCAACCAGCAUGCCGAACAUCGACGAGCUCCUGUCCAUGGACGCUUCGCUACGGUCCAUGGGAGAUGAGAUCGAAGGGUUCGAUCGUUGCACGCCGCUGCAAAACUCCAUGUUGACAGAGACGUCCGACAAUGAUGCUACGUACUACAACGUGGUCGAAUUCGACUUCCCAGCGUCUUGCUCCCCGCUUCUAAUCCGGAGUCACCUGCAGCAACUAGCCCUCGCCAAUGACAUCCUUCGAUCAGGAUUUGUUCCUUGUGGCCCUGGUUUCGUCCGAGUCAUUUUUAAAGAGUUGAAAGACGGUUGUCUUGAGAUCAUGGACGAUCUGGAUCCCAGUCUUGAGAACUGGCAGGUCGACUUGCUACAUCCUUUUCAGGUCGGUAUAAGUCGUGCGGAACAAGAGAGUCGGCGGCGCGUACUCUUCCGCAUGCACCAUGCCAUCUACGACGGCUGGACCUUGGACAUAUUGAUUCAGGACCUUACGUCCCUGCUUGAGGGUCGCACGCCAAAUCCACGUCGGCAAUUCAAGGACGUAUCGACCUUCUGCCACACAUUAUCCUCUGCGAUUCUGGACUCGUCCCGUUCGUUUUGGGCCGACUAUCUGCUCGGUUGGCAGAGAACCGACUAUCCAAGGCUCAUGAGUCGGCCUUCUGGUAAGUCCGGAAGCAUGGCUGUCUCACGCAAAUUGAGCAUCAGCCCCGACACCUUGAACCGGACCGCAACUCGGUCAGGUUGGAAUCCCCAGGUUCUCUUCCAGGCGGGAGCGGCCUUCCUUUGGAGCGCAAUUCUGGGAGCCCAAGACGUUGUCAUAGGCUCAGCUUCCUCGGGGAGAACGAUACCCGUCGCCGGCAUCGAGAACAUCAUGGGCCCAUGCAUCGCAACUCUGCCCCUGAGAAUUAACUUUGGAGCUCUAAGGUCCGUGGCAGACCUACUCAAGUCCAUACAGGUGGCGAACCGAUCGUCCUUGGAACACGGUGUGCUUCCUUUGUUGGACAUACGCAAAGCUGCUGGCAUACCUCCUGGCGAAACCCUCUACGAUUUGCUUUUCGUCUACCAGCAGUCUCUGUACAGCGCAGAACGGCGGUCCAGCCCGCUGCGCGAGUUAUCCCAUCACGACUCACUGGAAACGAAGUUACUCCUGGAAGUUGAGCCGACUGAUGAUAGCUUCGUAUGCCAAAUCACUUACCAUGCGGAUGCGAUCUCACCAGAACAAGCUGAGGUCAUGAUCCAAGAGCUUGACCACAUCUGCCAGCAUUUUCUCAGCCAACCCAUGAGUCAAGUCUCAGAUGCAGGACAUUGUUUGCCCGCCAGACUGAAGUCGCUCUUCAACCUCAGACCAUCUGCCUAUUCGGGAUGUCCGGACCUAGCGUCAAGCUUCGAGCAGACGGCAUCCAAUGCCCCCAACUCCCCGGCAAUCUGCUUUGCCAACGCAAUCUUUGAGACAUCCGCUGAUGUCGAGACCAUUUCCUACGCUGAGCUCAACCAACGCUCUAACCAGGUGGCCUGGUACCUUCGCCAUCACCAUGGAGCUGAAGGGGGGGUUGUCGGCGUCAUCAUGGAGAAGUCCAUCAUGCUUUAUGUCGCCAUUCUUGGCGCUCUGAAGGCCGGCUAUGGAUAUCUUCCACUGCUCCCGACAACUCCAAUUGACAGGAUGCGCUUUAUCCUCGAACAAGCACCUGUGAAGGCCUGCUUAGUCGAUCGAGAAACGUCGGCACUGCUUCUGAAUGCCGGAUUUUCAUCGUGCAGCCUUGUUUACCCUCAACAAGUCGACCUGUCGACUUUCCCUCUGAGUAACCCUGGGCGGAAUGUUGUCGGCUCGAAUACUGCCUUUGUUAUUUACACAUCGGGGACUACCGGGACACCGAAAGGUAUUGCGGUCACUCAUCUCAACAUCACAAGCAACCUGGAUGCCUUAGCUUCCAUCUACCCUGCCGAUAGUCAAGCCCGUCUCUUGCAGCUCUGCUCGCAGGCGUUUGACGUCUCGGUGUUCGAGAUAUUCUUCACUUGGACCAUUGGAGGCUGUCUCUGCUCCGGAACACACGACAAUCUGUUCGUCGAUCUGGAGCACUCUAUACGCUUGCUUGACUGCACUCACCUUAGCUUGACGCCCACCGUGGCCGCCCUGAUCGACCCACGAAGGGUCCCAAAGGUCCAAUUCUUAGUAACAGCGGGUGAGCCCAUGACUUCGACCGUUGCACAGAAAUGGAUGGGUCACUUAUUCCAAGGGUACGGGCCCGCCGAGACAACCAACAUUUGCUCCGUCAAGAGAAUGGCAGAGGGAGACUAUAUCAAUCACCUAGGAUUCGUACUACCAAACACCUCGGCUCUCGUUCUUGCCCCCGAUACUCUCAACCCUGUUCCGUUGGGAGCCUUUGGCGAAUUUUGCUUCGGCGGCGAUCAGGUUGCCCGGGGCUAUCUCAACCUCCCGGAUCUCACCUCCACGAAAUUUGUGGAUCAUCCCGAAUUUGGCCGCAUCUAUCGCUCUGGGGACAUGGGUCGCAUGUUGUCGGAUGGAUCCUUGUUAGUCCUGGGGCGAAUGGACGGCCAAGUCAAGUUGCGAGGUCAGAGAGUUGAGACUGGCGAAAUCGACACGAUCAUCACCUCGUCUGGCAUCGCAGCCUCGAGCGCGUCUCUCAUUUUCCGCUAUACUGAGUCCUCCCCGGAGCAACUGGUGGCAUUCUACGUCCCCGGGAACCUCAAUAUUCACACUGGCGGUCUUCUGGUGUUGGACGACGCCCUUACUGCGUCGAACCAAGCUCUGUUCGAGCUGCUCGAGUCCCGGUUGCCGUCCUACAUGAUUCCCACCUACCUCAUCCCAGUUUCAGAGAUUCCCCGUACGUCCAGUGGGAAGGUUAACAGAGCGAGACUUCUGUGCGACUUCAGAGAAUGUACUCAAGAGGACUUGAACAAUGCGGUUGCUUCUAGUGCCAAGUCUUCAGCCUCUAAGCAGAAGGACGACGAGAAUUGGACAGAAGCAGAAGAGCACAUUGCAAGGAGUGUUUCUGGAGUCCUCAACACUCCCCUUGACGGUCUCAGUCGAUGGCAGUCGUUAUUUGCGGUCGGGCUCGACUCCAUCACGGCCAUCUCAGUAUCCAGAUCACUUGAAUCGGAAUUUCAAAGGCGGAUACCCAUCUCGUCUAUUCUCCGACAUCCCUCUAUUGCGCGGUUAGCCCGGUUGAUGGAAGCACAAACACCUGCCGAGAGUACUUCCGAACACAUCCCUCAGAGGCCGGAAUUCUUCGAUGCUGCCCAUGUCAAUCAGAUAAAGGAAAGUUUUGCAGCGGUUGGAAAGGACAUUGACACCAUCCUACCAUGUGCGCCGCUACAGGAGGCUAUGCUCUCGACAACAAGCGACUCCUAUUCGAAUCAACUGGUCCUCCGUCUCAACGCCUCCGUGAAUACUGUGCAGUCCUCCUGGGACCAGGUUGUGCAACGCCACGCAAUUCUCAGGACGUGCUUCAUGACCACUUCGGAUUUCCGCUACCCAAUUGUCCAAGUUGUUCUGUCUAGCUGGGAAAUAAGCUGGACGGUGUCAGAGUGCGAAACCUUGGAGGAGGCUACCCAAACUGCCAAGCGUGGAGUCCCGGACGCGCUCGAUUCUCAAAUCCCUCCAUACUCGCUCGAGCUGUUCAAGAUGGACGGAGAAACCCAUCUCAUCUUCUCCUGCCACCAUGCUGUCUACGACGGAGAAUCCAUGCAUAUCUUGCUUGAAGAAGUCGAAGCCCUCGUCAGGGGAGAAACCCUUCUUCCUGCCCCUUGCCCUGAGCCCGUCCUUCGCCAUAUCCUGACGCUGCCAGAGUCCACUGUUGAUUUCUGGAAAAGGCACUUCCAAGGGUUUCGAGCGCUGACUCCUACCACGAGGAGAUUCAAGACCGACACCAUGACUGAGAAACCCGCCCCAGACGGGUUGCCUCCCCAACCCUACCGCAAUCGCAUCUCCACACCUUUGUCUGACGUGCUCAAGACGGCAAGGAGCACUGGGACGUCCUUAUUGGCUGUUACUCAGGCAAUCUGGGCAAUAUCUCUGAGGCUUCUCCGAGGAGAAUCAGACGUCUGUUUCGGAAACGUUUUGAGCGGUAGGACGAUUCCCAUCCAUGGAAUUCACCGACUUGCUUCGCCUUGCUUCAACACUAUCCCUCUCCGUACGGAAGUCUCCUCUUCAAUGCUUGUCAAUGAACUCUUGAGAGAACUGCAGAGCCUCAACUCGGAUCUCCUGACCUACCAGUUCACCCCCUUGAGGCUCAUCCAAAAGCUGGUCUCUUCACGCUCAGAGCCCCUUUUCGACACUAUUCUUCUGCUUCAACCAACCCGACGAACACGAGAUGCUUCAGUAUGGGAAGUGGUGGAAGAUCGAGGGGCAAUGGAUGUACCCCUUGUAUGUGAGAUCGUACCGGAUCCUGCAAAUGACUCUGUUGAGGUCUGCCUCCAUUCGACCGGUCGCGAAUUUACACUAGACUCACUGCCCGCCCUUGCUGGGCUGGUAGGUCAUGUUGCAGAACGCAUAGUUCUCCACCCAGCCAGCAUCAUCCCAGAGAGGAGUGAUCUCCCGAACGAGCUACAACUGAGCCUGCCAAAGCUCCCUACGAUACAGCUACUAGAUCAGGGGCUCGAGCCGAGAAAGAGCCAUCCUCUCCCAUUACGCCAUCAGGACGAGGAAAACGAGGCCUGGACACCCCUCGAGAAGCGGAUCCGGGCCGUGCUUUCGCAACUAUCGGGAACAGUUGAACAGCAAAUUGGACGACAUACGACAAUCUUCCAGCUGGGGCUCGAUAGUAUCAAUGCCGUUCAAGUUGCAGCCCUCUUGCGACAGGAUGGCCUCAAAAUCUCGGCCCUGGAUGUAAUGAGGCUCCCUAGCUGCGCAAGCCUUGCUGAAAAGGUGGCGCAGUCAGAGCGAGACGAAUCGGAGUCUCAACCUCGUUACGAUAUCAAGGACUUCCAGGCAUCCGUGACGACAACAGUUCAGAGGCGUGUACGGAAUGUCUACGCAGUGGAAAAAGUCCUACCCUGCACGCCACUGCAGUGCGGCAUGUUGGCCGACUUCAUCCAGUCCCAGGGGCACGAUUAUUUCAACUAUGUAGCUUUCGUCUUGCGAGAUGGGAUCACUCCGAGUGAGGUACAAAAUUCCUGGGCAAAGCUAUUUCAACACCGGUUCAUCUUAAGAACUGGGUUCACAUCGGUCCAGAGUCCUCAUACGACUUUUGCGAUGGUUGUGUACUCACCCAACAUCCCCCUUCCGGUUGAAAGCUAUUCGGGACAGGAUAGGCCCUUCAACGAAGCAAAGUGGAAGCUCGACUCGGCUCAUCGAGCUUUGAGAUCUCUGGAACUUCCGCCGUGGAGGGUUGCCAUUGCAGCUCAGGGCCACCAAACCACCAUGUAUCUCGCCAUACACCAUGCGCUGUAUGAUGCUGAUUCGCUCCAAAGAUUGCUGCAUGAUCUCGGUAGAGUUCUUAAAGGGCAAGAGCUCCAAGCAGAGACAUGUCCCGAGGAUGCCCUCUCUCUGAUCCUCGGGGCGGCCUUGGAUGACGGCGAUUCCAAGCAGUACUGGGAGCAGAUGGCUUCACGGACCACACUGAACAGGUUCCCUACCUUGACACCGCUGAUAGAGAGGUCUGGACAGUUGCUCACCGAAGCAUCAGUCUCCCGCCAGAGAUUCUCGCAACUACAGCAAUGUGCAAAGACGGCAGGUGUGUCUAUUCAGUCUCUCAUCCACGCAGCAUGGACUCGAGUCCUUGCCGCCUAUGUUGGGGAGGAUGACGUUGUUUUUGGCGCCGUUCUCUCGGGUAGGAAUACACACAUAAGUGAUGCCUUUCUCCCUUGCAUCAACACCGUUCCCAUCAUUGCCCGCAAUGAGGCAUCAAACGCUGACCUCAUUGACCAAAUGGCACGGUACAAUACGCAACUCGCGGCACAUCAAUAUUCGCCUUUAUCUCGAAUCCAGAAGUGGCUGGGACACCCGAGUACUCGCCUUUUUGAUACCUUGGUUGUCUAUCAGAAGUUGUCCUCCAGCGUCCCCUCCGAAUUACCUUGGAAAAAGGUUCACGAUGAGGGCAGGCUAGACUACACCUUGUCUCUGGAGAUCGAACCCUCCCUUGACGAUACCAUCGAUGUAAGAAUAUCCUUUCGGACAGAUGUACUGCCGCGAGAUCAAGCCAUCGUCAUUCUGCACCAAUUCGAUGCGAUACUCGAAGACCUCGCCCAAUACCCCACCGCCACUGAGAGUGAACUCUGGCGACGACAUCCUGAACUGAUGUCCAUCAGCCCGCCAGUGGAACCCGAAAUUCCCUCAUCCGAGGUGUUCCUGCAUGAAUCCGUCGAAACGGCAGCGCGUCAGACGCCGACCCGGGUUGCCCUGGAGUUUGUGACGGGGUUCCAAGGCGAGAUCCCGCAGAAAGAGAGCUGGACGUUCCAGGACCUCGAUCACAUGGGCAACAGGGUCGCCAACUUGCUGGCUUCACGUGUAACUGGCCGCGGCAUUGUUGCUCUUCACUUCGACAAGUGCCCGGAGGCAUUCUUCUCUAUUCUCGGUGUGCUGAAAGCGGGCUGUGCGUUCCUCGCCCUUGAUCCAUCGGCCCCGAAGGCCCGGAAAAAGUUCAUCCUCGAAGACUCGAAAGCCGUUGCUCUCCUCGUCCAAAGCGACUCGUUGGAUUUUCGGCCGUCGCAACCAGUGAUCCAGGUCGGCUCGAUGUCAUUGGCACAGGCGUCUCAGGAGCCAGUGCAUCUUGAUCCUCCUCUGCACAAGACAGACACUUGUUACUGCCUCUACACUUCAGGCACAACGGGUACACCCAAAGGAUGCGAGAUCACGCAUGAGAACACCGUCCAGGCCAUGAAGGCUUUCCAGCGUCUCUUCGAGGGACACUGGGACGACGACUCGAAGUGGCUUCAAUUUGCGUCGUUCCAUUUCGACGUCUCGGUCUUAGAGCAGUAUUGGAGUUGGUCUGUCGGCAUCCCACUCAUUGCGGCACCCAGAGACCUGAUUCUCGACGACAUUGCGGCCACCAUUCGACGUCUGGAGAUUACCCAUCUUGAUCUCACACCAAGUCUGGCGCGUCUUCUAGAUCCGAAAGACGUACCUAGUCUUGGCAAGGGCGUCUUUAUCACGGGAGGCGAAGCUCUCAAACAGGAGAUCCUGGAUGUCUGGGGACCUCAGGAGGUCAUCUACAACGCAUACGGGCCGACCGAAGCCACAAUCGGCGUCACCAUGUACCAGCGAGUACCGCAGAAUGGGCGCGCCUCCAAUAUCGGACGGCAGUUUGACAACGUGGGGUCAUAUGUCUUCCAUCCUGGAACCGAGAUCCCUGUCCUAAGCGGUGCAGUGGGCGAGCUCUGUGUCUCCGGAAAGCUCGUUGGUAAGGGGUAUCUCAAUCGGCCAGAGCUCACGGCAGAACGGUUCCCAAACCUCAAGGAGUUCAACGAGAGGGUCUAUCGCACGGGUGACCUUGUUCGACGUCUACAUAACGGUUGUUUCGAUUUCCUUGGCCGCUCCGAUGAUCAAGUCAAGCUCCGAGGACAGAGACUGGAGAUUGGAGAAAUCAACCACGCCAUUCGAAGCGGCGUGACGGAUAUUCAUGAUGUCGCCACCAUGGUUUCCAAGCAUCCCAAGGUCGAUAAGGACUUGCUUGUUUCGUUUGUCACCUCUGGCCAGGCUCCCCAUCCAGGAUCGACGCUGGAGGUGCGCAACGGACCCCUGACGUCUGAGCUGCGGCAGUCGGUUCUGCGAGCGUGUCGAGACAAGCUGCCUGGAUACAUGGUGCCCUCCCACAUCUUUGAAAUCUCCUACAUUCCGCUGUCUGUCAACAACAAAGCGGACAUGAAGACCUUAACCCAGCUAUUCAAGUCCUUGUCUCCAGAGCACUUGCUUCAGCUUUCACAAGUACCGAGGAGGACAUCCGACGCGCCGCAAACCGAUAUCCAGCGGGCUGUGUUAUCGGUGAUCCGAGAGUUCACUGGUCUCUCCGGAGAUGUGAUGUCACUAUCCAGUAACCUGUUCCAACUUGGGCUCGAUUCGAUUUCUUCUCUCCGCCUCGGGGCCCUCUUCCGAGAUAGGGGGUCCAUCACCGUCUCGCCGUCUACGAUACUACGCAACCCCGUUUUGUCUGACCUCGCGGAGGCUCUGAGCACCCACCGGACUACUGACAAUAUCGGUGCAACCCAAGAAGCCAAACAACGUAUUCAGGCCUUUGGUCAUCGCUUCCGCAUCUUCGUCCUCCAGGAGCUUCGUCUUGAUCAAGACGACAUCGAAUACAUCGCGCCGUGCACUCCGCUACAAGAAGGCAUGCUUUCUCGAUCCUUGAGCCAGGCCGACGAGGCCUAUUUUGUUACAUUCCGAUUACAACUUCAGGAAAUGGUCUCUCUUGACCGGCUCCGAAUGGCCUGGGAGAAGCUAGUGUCCUCUCAUUCCAUUCUUCGGACGCGGUUUGUCGAGACUCCGAGUGGUUUCGCCCAGGCUGCCAUCCGUUCAACCUGCUUCGAGUGGGAUGACUUUGUCCUUGACGACGGUCAUGAGGAUGAUGUCGAUACCGUCGUGUCACAAUCGCGAAGUCGCUGGAUAGAGAGGAACCGCCAAAGCGUCACUGCCCCUUUGAAAUUCCUUUCUGUUCAUCGCCCGGGUGGGCGGCAGCUUGUCGUUCAUAUUUUCCACGGCCUCUACGACGGAAUAAGUUUCGACUCGAUGCUCAAGUGGGUGGCCAAGGAAUACUCGGGACAACAACAUUCGAUGGUUGCCCCUUUCGUUGAUGCCCUUCCUCAUGGCCCGCUUCGGAACUUCGACUUCUCUCGUUCUUUCUGGUCCAAACACCUCGGGAACUGUUCUUUCGAAGCACUCCCAAAGACGAUGAGAGGAGCUGGCAAUCAUGUAUCUGUUCGUCGCACGUUCGCGGCUGAUGGACUGGACGUGGUGCGCAAGCAGAGCAACACAACUAUGCAGAGCAUUGUUCUUGGACUCUGGUCAACGAUCCUUGGAAGGUGCUUUACCGUAGGAGCUGCGACUGGGGUUGUCAUCUCGGGACGAGCCAUUGACAUCCGCCAGUCUGAGGAUAUCAUCGGGCCCUUGUUCAAUACGCUCCCGUUCUAUGCUGAUGUCAAGCACCAUAACUGGGAAAGUCUGGUAAAACGAUGUCAUGACUAUCUUACGACGACUCUGGAGUUCCAGCACACGCCUCUUCGCAGCAUUCAAAAGUGGUGCUCAGGCGGACGAGCUGUUUUCGAUAACCUCUUCGUGUUCCAGGUUGAUCCGGCAACUACCCCAGAAACCGACUAUCCCUGGACGGUUGUUGAUGACUUUGCGGCGUCCGACUAUCCGUUGGCAUUCGAAGCCACUCUCGAGGCCGAUAAUACGCUACACAUCCAUAUUGCGGCCCACGAUAACCUGAGAACUGAACCCGACUUAGAAGUGCUGAUCGAUGAAAUUGGCGAGAUCCUUACCCUUGUUACCACGGGAGACGUUGGAAAAUUAUCCCCGGGGUCUGAGGCAUUGUCAGAUGAAGGCUCGCCGUUCACUUCUCCGAAUACGACAAACCCGAGUUCGACCGACAGCUUUACCUCUCCUUCGACGGAUAUCAGCCCACCGGAACUGGCCAUUUCAAUCUUUGAGUGGACGGAACCAUGCUUAACACUCCGGAAAGAGAUAGCGGCGCUUGCCAAACUGCCCGUGGAAAGCGUAUCGGAGCACUCUCCCAUGCUUGAGCUGGGACUGGACAGCAUCGACCUGGUCAGUCUUUCAGCGCGGCUCAAGAAGCAGGGACUUGGCAUCACCACGUCUCAGCUCGUAAAAUCACGGACCAUCGCGGAGAUGUCGAAGAUUCUAGGACAUGCGCAGGUGGUGGGAGAAGGAGGGAAGGCCGGCGUCGCAUUUGAUGAACUGAAGGUCCAACUUUGGGAGGCUGUUGGGUCAAGCGGGCUCAACAUUGACAUGGCUACUGUUGAGGCCGUGUUGCCGCCCACUCCGUUACAAGAGUCGAUGAUGGCCGACAUGCUCGAGUCUGACUUUGAGAGAUACUUCAACCACGACAUUCUUGAAGUUGCGAGCCAUGUUAAUGUUCAGAUGCUCUCUGACGCCUGGCUGAAGGUUGUACAGCGAUCACCCAUACUGCGGACAACGUUUGUACAACUCGAGAACGUCCAAGUACAGCAGACCUUUUGCCAGGUUGUCCUCAAGGAACUACCGCCUAGGAUUCGAUCUUGUCCGUUUGCGGACAAGGAGGAUAUCGACAGCGUCAUCUCAGAGCAUCGACAGUAUAUCAGGGAGCAGAAAGGCAGGCGGGGGCUUCUGCAGCUCACCUUCGCGGAGGCCAAGGGCCACACAUGUCUUGUUCUGUCCAUGGCUCAUGUUCUUUAUGACGGAUGGUCGCUUGCUCUGCUCCACCAGGACGUGGCAGCAGCGUAUCAAGACAUCAUCAUUGAACGUCCACCGGUGGAGCCCACGUUGCGACUCCUGCUGGACUCUGCAGACGACCAGUGCCGCAGAUUCUGGACGCAGUAUCUCACGGGUGGGCGCCCUUCGCUAGUACCGGAAUCACCGUCAACGCGCGAGUCCACGGCAGGGCGGCGUGCACAUUUCGCGGAAGCAGCGUCGACAGUUGACCUCGGGAAGGUGUUGUCGUUUUGUCGAGAAAACGCACUCAGUCUCCAGGUGGUGGGCCAGGCAUGUUGGUCAGCCGUGCUUGCCAGUCGGCUAUCUGCCUUGGACGUGGUAUUCGGCGUCGUCCUCUCCGGCCGAGAUACGGAGGAGGCGCAGGGCGUCAUGUUCCCGACAAUGAAUACGGUGGCGGUUCGGUGCGUGCUGCACGGCUCGGCGAGGUCGUUUCUAGGCUACCUGCAAGAGACUAUGGCGGAUAUUCACCAGCACCAGAGGUACCCCCUCCGGCAGGCGCAGGUUGCAGCCAAGCAGACACCGGGGAGACUUUUCAACACGCUUUUCCUUCUCCAGAAACAGCCCGAAGCCGGUGUUUCUCCCGCCGGGCAGGAGAAGGUUCCACUACUUACAUCUGUGGGUGGCUCUGCGACAGCCGACUUUGCCAUCUCGGUAGAAUUGGAAGCCGUGGGCAAUGGCGGCCUCAUCUGGCGAGUUGCUGGCCAGGACUCAUUCGUCGGACAAGACGACGUAACGCAGAUCCUCCACCAGCUUGACAGAGUGAUGGAGUACUUUAUCGAGCCGGUGGACCAAAACCUGCUGCAGUUCCAGGGAGGUCAGAUUUCAAUCUGUGGACUCCCCCCUUUUACCAUGGACGACGGCACACGAUCAGGAAAUGGCCCAGAGCUUUCGUCGCCGGCGGAGGGAAACCGGACUGUCGAAGAUACUCCCUGGUCUGAAACCGAAACUGCCAUACGAGCUGUGGUUGCGGAGGUGGCAGGAAUCCCGACAGAAGCGGUCUGCAAGGGGGCCACAUGCUACCAACUUGGCUUGGAUUCCAUCAGCACCAUCAAAGUGUCUUCCAUCCUUCGGAAGCGAGGAAUCCAUUUAGGCGUCCGACAACUUCUCGCAGCGUCGUCGGUCUCAAGCAUGGCUACCAUGGCUGACAAAGCGGCUGCUGCUGGCGGGGCUGCGUCCGACAACGACCACAAGCGGCAAGAAUGCGACAUUCCAGAUCGAAUCAACGUCCGCGACAUACUCGAAGAGGCUGGUUUAGACAACGACCAGGUCGAUGAGGUCUUCCCGGCGCUCCCUAUGCAGGUGUACAUGAUGACAGCGUGGCAAAACUCCCACGGCCAGGUCUUCUACCCCGAGUUCAAGUAUCGAGUCUGCAUCCCGGUAACGCUCGACGCGCUGCGAUCGGCUUGGUCGAGGCUCGUCGGGAUGGAGCGUAUGCUUCGGACGUGUCUCGUGGCGACGGAAGAUCGGGAGCUGCCAUUCUUGCAGGCUCUCUUGAAGCCAGACGCCCAUGGAUCUCUUCUUCCCUCACCAGUUGUAAUGCCUGGGUCGGACCACAAAGUCGAAGAAGCAGCCGACGCGGCUUGUGGGCCUCUGGUGCGUCUGGGGCUUACUCCGCGAGAUGAUGGCCUCUGGGAAGUCCGGCUGCGGAUACAUCACGCACUUUAUGAUGCCGUUAGCUUGGCGCAGGUGAUGCGGAGGUUCGGUGAGCUCCUGGCAGAGAAUGAUGAUGAAGGAAUGGCCAGCACGUCGAAAAUGAGUACAUGGAAAAGGUUCGUGGCGCAUCACUCGUCUCCAGACGUCCAGGCGUCCCGGCGUGAGUUUUGGACGGAGUACCUGGGUGGUAUUCGCAACGCCGUCGAUGAAAGGGCUGGAGGUCCGUCGCGGAGGGUUUCUUGCUUCAGGAGGUCGGCCGUCGCGGACGUGGCAGGACUGUAUACAGCGUGCUCCCAGUCAGGGAUUGGACUUCCGUCGCUCCUCUUCGCCGCGGUUGCCAAGGUACUACAUGGCCAAGGUGGCGGCAGACGCAAAGACAAAGAUGUGGUGUUGGGGAUCUAUUAUGCCAACCGGAACUGGAACAACGACGGCGACGACGAAAACGACCACGGGCUGGAGGCUGGUUCUUAUCCGACCCUCAACCUGCUUCCGGUCAAGGUAUCCAUGGAGGGAAGUCCAAGUCUGAUGCGCGUGGCGGAGCAGAUCCAGAGGGACCUCCAUCUGAUUACGUCGCCCGUCAACGCAACGGUGGGGUUGUGGGAAGUCAAGGACUGGACGGGGGUGACGGUUGACGUGUUUGUCAACUUUAUCAAUACGCCUCUCGAGGGUGGAAGAUCAGACUUGGAGACUACGUGGAUUGAGCAGGUGUCGGGUGCCGGGCCAGACAUGGAAGAGGCGGAAGACAGGGCGGCCGAGACGACUCAGACGAGAGAGUGGGAUUCGUUGUGCGUGAAGAAGAAUGCAGUCCGGGACGCAUUUCCGGAGAGUGUUGACGUGGAGGCAUCAGUCAGGGAGGGGGCAUUGGAUCUCGGGGUGUUUGGACCCGAGUCCCGCAUUUCUUGGGUUGGUGUUGAGGAGUUGGUUGACCGGAUUGGACUUAUGCUUAUUGACAGUGACUAGUCGAAGGAAAUUGCAGGUGAUGAUGGCGUUGGAAUUGGAAUUCUAAGAGCAAUGUCGAUAUUAGCUUGACACAGGUCGUUGGUUCAUCGCGUCUGGGAAUCGCAUCAAGUUCGGGUUAUUAUUACUCCGGGCUCCGUAAAAGGGGCUGGCAGAGGUACCUUGGUAGAGGUCGUUUAGUAAUCCGGCUUUAAGUUGACUGGUACCUUAAGAUUGCGGAAUAUCCGAAAAGCCGGCAGGCCGAAGGGAAAAAAAUCAUCACAAGCU